UUAUUAGAUGAGUCAUGUUACAAUUCUGUUAUCAUAAUGAACAACAUAAAACAUAAAAUAUGUAUGGUGUCUGAUUUCUUUUAUCCUAACAUGGGUGGUGUAGAAGAGCAUAUUUUUAAUUUAUCUCAAUGUUUAUUAGGACGUGGACAUAAAGUUGUAGUGCUCACUCAUUCCUAUGGUGAUAGAAUUGGAGUACGUUAUAUGACAAAUGGUCUAAAAGUGUACUACAUUCCAGUAAAAGUAUUCUAUAAUCAAUGUGUUCUUCCAACAAUGAUUUGUUCUAUUCCUCUUAUUAGAUAUAUCUUCCUAAGAGAAGAAAUUCAAAUAGUACAUGGUCAUUCAGCUUUUUCUGCUCUUGCUCAUGAAGGAAUGUUAAUUGGUCGAUUGAUGGGACUAAAAACUAUUUUUACAGAUCAUUCACUUUUUGGCUUUGCGGAUGCAUCUGCAAUUUUAACAAAUAAGUUUUUAGAAAUAUCAUUAGUUGAUUGCAAUCAUUGUAUAUGUGUAUCACAUACUGGAAAAGAAAAUACAGUAUUAAGGGCAAAGGUCUUAAAAGAAAAAGUUUCUGUUAUUCCAAAUGCCGUUGAUACUACAUUAUUUAUGCCUGAUAUCAGUAAACGAGAUGAUAAUUUUAUUACGAUAGUCAUAGUUUCGCGAUUAGUAUAUCGCAAAGGCGUCGAUUUAUUAGCUCGCAUUAUACCAGAUUUUUGUAGUCGGUAUCAUAACAUCCAAUUUCUAAUUGCUGGAGAUGGCCCUAAAAGAUGGCUCAUAGAAGAAGUACGUGAACGAAAUUUGUUACAACAUAGAGUCACAUUACUUGGAAGCAUAGAACAUUCCCAAAUUAGACAUGUAUUAAACAAAGGACAUAUAUUUCUGAAUACAAGUUUAACAGAAGCAUAUUGUAUGGCAAUUGUUGAAGCUGCAUCGUGCGGUUUACAAGUUGUUUCAACGAAGGUUGGUGGUAUACCUGAAGUAUUACCACCUGAUUUAAUUUAUUUAGUAGAACCUACUGUACCUGCUCUCAUUGAAGGGCUAGAAUCUGCUAUAACAGACUAUAAAAAAGGUAAUACUAAAUGCCCAUUUGAAAUGCAUAAAAGAAUAAGUUUAUUUUAUAAUUGGUUUAACAUUACUAAAAGGACUGAAGUAGUAUAUAAUUUAGUAAAACAAGAAAAUGAAAAAAAUUUGGGUCAACAAUUAGCAAGUUAUGUUCGAAGUGGAGUAUUAGCCUACCUACUUGUUGUAUCUUUAUGUUAUAUUAUUUUACAAGUCCUAGAAAUUCUUGUACCAAGAAAGUACAUUGAUAUCGCCAAAGAUUAUACCGAGAUUAACGUUAUACAUCCUCGAGAAGGAAAAGAGGAAUAGUAUUUUAUUUCCAAGACAUUGGAUACCAAUAUAUUCCUAUCAAUAUGGUUGUUAAUAAUAUUAAUUUUAAUAAACCUUUCUGUACAAGAGG